AUGGCAGAGGAGAGACUUGCCAUUGAUCAUACGCAAAGACAAGGCUUCAAUGAUAUCCUUGAGGAGAUAAACGAACUCAAAACCACUGCAACGGUUGCCGCCGAGGAGCAGAAAACACUCAAGGCCGACCUUGCGUCACUUACGGAGAAAUUUCCCACGUUCGCAGUAGAUCUGGGCAUCGCCAUGUCCAGUACCUCUGCAGAACAAAUUGCCGCCGCCAAAGCGAAAACUCUGCAAAUGGCUCGGAAAGUGUUAUCAAAGCACCCCGAAAUCAUCCAGAGUCUAGCGGCCGAAACCACCGCAGACAACACGCCCCUGUCUCAACAGCUCAAUGCAGUACGAACAGCAGUACGGAGACUUGAGGCUAUAUUGGAAGGGCUUACCAAGCAGGUUGCUAGAUUUGGCGAAGAACAAUCGAGUUUCGCUAGAGCUAUGGACGAGGCCGUAAUCCGCGUAAGAGCUACCGUCAUCGCUGAGCAAAAUGAAAUUGAGCAGGCGAAAGCCAACGCCCGAGAAAAAGAGCAGGAAAACACCACUUUGACGAUAGAACAGGUGAAGCAGACAAGCAGACUGCAGACUCUGGAAAAACUGCAGGAAAAAGUGUCUCGUGAAAAGGAGGCACUGCAAACUCGCGUCGAAAAGGUCCUCUCCGAGCUGACCGAGUCGAACGCUCACCGUAAACUACAAGAGGCUCAACUCUCGCGGAUUGACCAGAGUCUACGCAACUCCCAAGGGGAUGUCAAGUUUGCGCACGAGCAAUACUCACAGGUCAGAGAACAGUUCCUCGACAGGACGCAUGAACUGGCCGAAUCUCUCCAGCAACUGGCCGAAGCCCAGCAAGCGUUCAUCAAACUUCAACAGGACUAUCAUGGCGUGUGCCAAUUUCACCUUGACAGGGAAGAGAGCUUCGAAAGAGAGCUUGCCGAGACAGUAACCCAGCGUGAAAGAUUUGAAGGAUUCUACACCAGGGUGAAGCAACAAUUGGCAGAUACCGACCACGAGUUUGCUGUAGCUGCAGAAGAGAGUAAACAACAUUCUGCAGCCAAAGAAGCCCAGCUCAUGGCAACACUCAGCGAGAAGGCCAGAAUGGAAGACAAAAUGGCAGGCCUCUUGGAAUCUAAUGCUAGACUAACACAAGAAAACGAUGAUUUGAGAAAAUUGUUACAAAAGGCCUAUCAGGCGACAAAGUCCGCAAAUCAAAAGAUACAAGGGCUCGAGGAAAAAUGCACAAAGCUUUGUGCCGCGGCGGACCAUCACGCCAGCACUCUGACCAGCAAUGUAAUCUUGCACAAGUCAGAGAUGGAUAAAGCUCAGGAAGACAAGGCAGCUCUAUCCAGCGAAAUCAAGGCAUUGAAGGAGCGCCUUGAUGAGAAGAUGCAAGGAGAGACUCAGUCUGCCACUCUGGUCCAGUCUCUUAGAGAUCGGCUGCGUUGCGUCCCGUUCUACCAUGAACUGAUCGCGUUGUCGGGGGGCACGAUUCUGACCAACAUGGACACUAGUGUCCUAGACCGCGUCAUUCAUCGAUGCCUAAGUUGGGAAGAGUCUUCUCCAGGGGAAAUCUCAAGAUCGUCUCAACCUAUACUUAUUGAAGGUCUAUUCAAUGAAGAGGAAGCAGGUGAAUCGCCAACGCAGACACUGCUUGCGCUAUUACCCCGACUCGAAGCGUCCGGAGACCGAAUGAGCCUGGCGGACAUUUUCAAACUCACGACUGCAAUCAUGACAUGCAGUUUUCAAGGCAUGGAACUUUCCAUCUCCAUAACCUUGUCAUUCCUCGUCACCUUGGUGGAAGAGGACCGCUUCGUAAAUGGGACCAUGGAGGAAAUGGCCCUACUUUACUGCGCCUGCACCACGCUCAUGACAAUAGAGGACCCGCAUAGAAGGGCUACUUUCAAUCGCCAAUGCAAGAAAACGUUGUCUAGCUUAGUACCAAAUUCUACCAUGGCUCAGCAGCUGACUAGCCUGGUGGAUAUGGAUGUCGGACAGCCACAACAAGAGCUGGCAGCACGACUCAAAGCGAGCGCCGAGGAGAAUGACAUUGGCGUUACAGUCGGGAUCUACCACCUCCAUAUGGAUAAUGAGUAUGGUGUUGUGAUUGCUGAACCACAUCAACCCAGCGACCCUCCGAGGAUCGGGUUCCUGAAGCCAACUGAGAUUGAGCUGAAGGUCGACGUGAUGAAUCUUUCAUUGGGACUACAGCUCACCUGCACGGAUGCACAUGUCAUAGGAACAUGGUCUGCGUCCUGGCCUUUGGAUAACACGAGAGUUGCCUACACAUUCAUCAAGGCAUGCAAGGCCGAAGAAAACCGGGAGCUAGAUCUCACAUAG